UCUCAGCUCCCACCGACUUCUACUCAGGAAUGUGCAAGCGUAAAUUUGGCCACUAGAUAUUUGAGUCGCGUCAUUUUGAUAAAAUUCUGAUAAAUAUUGAUAUCUAAACCUCGUAUCCUGUCAUUAGAGCAUCUUAAUAUCCACAAGCACUGGAUGGCGGGGAAUAUUUCGCGGCCUGAAUAAUGCAUCGCGCUAGACGUGUUUACAUCAAUGUUACACCGGGGAUAGAUGAGGGCCGUUGACUCCAGUCUGCGCCACUCUGCAGUUUACACCACAUAGUCCCACGUACCCAUCCUAGCGAACCGUUAUUCCAAGAAUAUGAGGUCGCGUGCUGCAAGCGUUACGUGAUGCGACAUCAUGUCUUAGUGGGAGAUUGAUUCCUUCGAUAGGUUUACCAACAAUAUGAGUGUCUUCAGUGAUGUGGAACAACAUGACUGUCAAGUGGUUGCCUCCGUAGUCAACAGUGACAUCAGCGAAGAGGGGUUGCAUCAGGGGCUGUUUGGCGUCAUCAACCAGGAGUGUCCAAGAUGCGUGGCUUCCAUCUUGAAGUUUGGGGUUCCAACGGAGGUUCAUGAUGCUGACCACUUCACGCCUCUAGCCGUCGCAGCCAAAGUGGGCUCAGCCCCGAUCGUGGAGCUCCUGCUGCAAUGGCACUGCAGUGCCUCGUCCCCGAGUGGGCCCUUGGGAAACACACCGCUACACAACGCCUCAGCAGAUGGCCAUGUUGAUUGUGUGCAAUGUCUUAUCAACGCCAAUGCAGAUAUUAAUGCCAGGAACACCCAAGAGGACACUCCACUCAUACUUGCCGCUAUGCAUGGCCACUUGCCAGUCGUGAAGCGAUUGCUAGCCUUCCACGCCUCCGUCAGACGGAGGGGUUACCACGAGAGAACUGCCCUACAUUGUGCAACAGAAAAUGGACAUUUGAGUGUCUGCAGGUUUCUAGUGAGUGCCAAAGCUGAUUUAGAGGAAGAAGAUACAUUUGGCAAUACUCCCUUGAUAUGUGCUGCCGAGAAGGGCUAUGUGGAGCUGUUGAAGUUGUUUCUGUCCAACAAGUGUGAUGUGAACCGCAUGAGCCACAGUGCCGCCACUGCUCUCCACUAUGCGGCUCAACAUGGCGACAGCGUCUGCUGUGGGAUACUUCUGCAGAACGGAGCCGAAAUAGACGCCCAGGACAUCCGUCGCUUCACACCGCUCAUGAUGGCUGCCAUGAAUGGCCAUGAUGAUGUAGUGGGUAUGCUCAUAGAUUGGAAAUGCAAUGUUAAUAUGGUGGCUUACAACAAGCGUAUUGCCCUCCAUCUGGCUGCUGAACGAGGCAAACUCAAGUGUUGUAGUCUUCUUUUGAACGCAGGCGCAAGCAUCGAUAGUCAAGACUCUCUGGGAUGUACGCCAGUGCACAUUGCAGCUCUCAAGGGGCAUGUGCAGGUCAUGAAGUAUCUCAUAACCAGCGGUGCUGAUCUCCACAAAAGACCAAACAAUGGCCACAGUCUCUUGCACUAUGCGGCAGCCGGCGGCAACGAGGAUUGCUGUCAAGAACUGAUCUCCAGAGGCUUUGAUAUCAACGCCCAAAACAAUGAUGGAAUCACGCCUCUCAUCAGCUCAGUACACACCAAGCAAGUGACGACCGCACAGCUACUGCUGCAGGCGGGAUGCAAGACCACCUAUCGUGGCCUUCAUGGCAUGACAGCGCUCAACGAAGCAGUCUUCUACAACCACCCACUUCUGCUGUCAAUGUUGUUAGAUUACGGAGCCGACCCAGACAUUGAGGACGAUGCAGGAACUUUGCCGCUGUGGUUCGCCGUCGAUCAGUCUUCCAUGGAGAACCUAAAGCUGUUGCUGAGGUCGAACUGCGGGUUCAACAUGAAAUCCACACUGAGCAAUUCCUGUGGGCCAUGCAACGCAAUAGAGCACGCUCUGCACAAACAAAAAAUUCAAGUCAUCGUUUGGCUAAUUAGCACUUAUUGUGAGGAGGCUGCCAAUGUUCUUCGAUCUCACCUGUCCGAGUCAGACAAGUUGUCUUCCAUGAGCAAGACCUUCCUCGCCAAUGUCCAUGAGCAGCUUCAGGCACCACAGUCCCUGCUUUGUCUUUGUCGGAAGCAGAUCAGAGCUGAGUUGGGUCAGGGGAAGAUCAUCACCAACAAGAUCCGGCAGCUGAAACUGCCUAAUGUUCUCAAGAACUUCCUGGACUUCAGUGAUCUCACGGAGUAGCAAGUUGCUUCCGGGGUGUGGGCCAGCUUCCAGGUAGCUGUCAUGUAAAUACCUAUCCAAGAACGAUGGACGCCAAUCAUGGCAAUUGGACAUGUGCUUAAGUCACAAGUAAAUGGUAGUAUUAUAAUUACAAUUUUGAAAAAUGUUAGAUGGAAGUUUUGAUCGUAAGAAAUCCUAGUUGUAUCUGUCACUUAACCAGAGGAAGGUCGUAAGAGUAUGGUUGGAGUGUUGUGGUGUCAAUAUUGUUUCUCAUGUUGAGGAACGGCCAUUUUGUCUUUUCUGGGUGGACAUAUCGGGGAAAUACUAUAAAUUGUAACACAAGGGAGGGAAUACCGGGUUCAGCUUUUGGACAGUGAGACGUGAUUUGAGAGCUGGGGAAAAUUGUCGAUCCCUUAACUAUUCUAUAUUACUUACGAUAGAAUAAAAAUAAUCAAAGUGUUUAAAUUAAUAGAAGCAAGGGUGCUGUAACAUGUUGGCGUCUUGGUUUGAAUAGGUGGGUCACGUGGGACAUGUUAAACCGGAAGUACACGCAUUCAAACUGGACUUAGGCACAGUCCAACAGGAACCUUCCCUGGGAGAGGCAUGGCUAUAUCGCUCGGGAAGGUCCGGUUCCAGAUAUUGUGCAAUACUUUGAGGGAAGAUAAUUGUAUUAGUCAGAAGCGACAGUAUACCUGUGUCAAGGAAGUGAUCCUAACACAACUCUGAUAUUGAGUGCCAGUAUAGACGUGUUAAUUGGAGCUUCAGUAUUGAUAACAGAUAAUGCAAUCGAAGUAUAACUAGUCAUAAUUGUCAGUAUUAUGAUUACAUAUGCACCUAACAUGUUGACUAGAAUAGGCGUGGAUAAGUGUUGUGUGUAGUAAGGCUUCAUGGACCAUUUUGUUUCCAGGAGAUUCAUGCUUUCGGGAGUCUGUUUUACUACUUUUAUACACAUGGACGUAUGGCAAUGCCAGGCCUUUAUUGUGGUAAAGUCAAGUUCUUUUGGGCUUCGAAAAAAUCACCAAACGAUGUCUUUCUACAGUAUACAUUCUCAACUGUCCUCAAAACAGUCAUUUAAUCUUUCAUCAAGUUUCACAUGCGAUGGUCGCGCCUCAUGCAUCACGUGUUCAAUGUAUAGGUUCAGAGGCCCUUUGGGGAGCUGCUACAGGUGUACCGGUGAGUGACUUGAUAAAACGCUUACAAUUUCGUAAUUCGGCGUGGGGGAACGGUUGGCCCAGUCGUCUAAGGCGCCGCGAUUCGCUGUGCAGAGUUGCGUCCCUUGGACACGCCAGAAACCUAUGGUUGGUUCGAAUCCCGGUUCGCCCCUCAUUAUGUUUCUAGGUUUGCCAGCACCAUACCCGUGCUGGUGGGUUUCACCAAAAUGGUAAAUGUCUGAGACCUGCAUAACUUCGGGCUUGCCUCCCACAUUAAGCUGACACGUCGUGAUAUAACUGCAAUACUGUUAAAAGCAGCGUUAAACACAACUCGCUCGCUCACGUAAUUCGGUGUAAAGGUAUAGAAGUUACGACAGUUUCACUCGAUGAUGAUCGCAUAGUUGAUGGUCGCUGAUACGUGCAUAUACUACUCAACUAUCUAUAUGGAUACUGAUAUAUGGAAGACUGGUGUAUAGUGGAAUGCAGGCUUAUAUCUCUACCUAAAGUUGGUGGUAUAUGUUUCUUAUGCACUCUCUAGAAGCUGCUGAAGAUGACGAGCAUUGGUUUGUAGUGAAAUUACUUGGUAGACCUGUACCAUGACCCCCAUCCGUAGCUAUAGACUUGUAAUGUGCUACUCAGCCCUUGGAAGGGAUAGACGGGGGGGGGGGGGGGGGGGGGGUCUGAAUGUUCUCCAUUGGUUUCAAAUGUCGCCGUAUCUCAUAUUGCAAUGGAAACGACGCAUUUUCAACUUCGUCGAAGUCCUAGUCUGUCAUACAGACGCUGAAACAAAUAUAUCUAAUGAAGCCCAUGCAAGUCUAUAUUAGUGGGCAAAUCUAGAUUACUGCAGUAUCUGAAAAUGAAGAGUCUCCGGGCUCCCUUUUAUUAUAUUUUUAUUAAGAUAAUUUAAUAACUGUUUUUUUGUAGUAAGAUAUGUUCAUGUCCAGAGACUAGAUGUGUGUCUACCCAAGUCCCGUUAUCCCUGCUAAGAUGAGUAGUAGAAUUACUACAGGAAGAGUUCAUUUGUCAACAAGUUAGUAUUCAAUCCACUUGCACAUUUCCUCUUAUUACACCAACAGUAUCGUCGUAAAACAUAUAGAGAAAAACACUUCGCCACGAUAGACUCUUGAUACGACAAACAAAUGUAAUGUUAAUCAAAUCAAUGUUUAAUGUACUGCUGGUUGUCAGACAUUAAUUAUUAUUUUGUGUUUAUAUGUUGGUAUAAUUGUGCUAUGGAUCUACAAGCAUUACGACGAACAGUUGAUGGUAGUGCAGGUUGUGAUGGGGCGGGUUGGCGGGUGUAGAUGAUUAAGAGACGGUAAGGUAAUGGGAACAGGUCAGCAGCACUUUGAUGUGAAAUUGUAUCGCGUAAUUUUUUUUAUUUAUUUGGUUUACGGACCGAAGCGAAGUCAGGAAUGUACUAAAUAGAUCCACGUUUAAAGCUUGUAUAACCGCCUAGCCAGAAAGUCACAUAUUAGGAGAAAAUAAAUUACAAAUUAAGUCCCUGCCUUAACUGAGACAAAAGAAGACCGCCCAGUGGCCCCCGAUAGUCUGUGAAUGUACUCCUGAGCUACCACGAAUACUAUUUAUUGAUACAGCAGUACCCAACCAGUGUCUGGCUUUGCAAAUGUUAUAAAACGUACAUUCCUGUAACAUUUCAUUUUUUAUAUUCUUCCCCCCCGUAAAUAUCAUAUUUGUUUAACAAAACAAAACAUAAAUGACGAGUUUAUUUCGACCGCCCAUACCCAAACGUUUUACCAAGUAAAUCCGUAAACCAACUAAUGAAAAAAAGGCCAUAAUUAUCCGUGCCCUUCAGAAUGAACACCUGGGUAUUGUGUCGGGAGUGUGCGGCGCCAUGUCGUAUAGGUUGUUAGACUGUUAUGCUAUUAUCGUUUAAGUUUAUUUUGUUGAAUGUCAUAGAGAUUAUUUUGUGAAUCUAGUGCUUCAGUCAGGUGUUGCUAAGAUGUAAAUUAUACGCAUAUAUUAUAUAUUUACAUAUAUACCAUUAUUAGAAUAAACAAGCAGUUUAUUAAAA